GCAAUAAGUUCACUAUAUGUCCAUAUCAUUAAUUUUUUCUGGAUGCAUCUUGUUAAUUGACAGCUGAAAAAUAGAAAGUCUUCCUUUUACACUUUACGACUGCAUAACAUAUUAAGUGAGUUCUAUUGACACAAGCGCCAGCGUAAAGAGACUAAAGGGCAAAUGACCAAUAUAUCACCAGGGCAGGUAAAAGGGAAAAAAACGCCAUUAAACGAAAAAAAAACGUAAAAGCGUGGGCGAAAAAGACAACCGACACUCACCCACAAACAACUAAUGCAAAUUACACCGAGCAUAUGGCAAAAUGGAAUAAGUUAGGAACGUAACCAUUUUUGUUUUCGUUUUGCGCAGAUCUUGUUGUUAUCAAUCAAACAAAGAUGGAAAACUCUCGAGGUACCCUCGCAAGACCGAUAUUUGAACACAAUGACAAUCAUUGACACACUUUGCGACGCAGGUAAACGUCAAUAACGACUGGUGGUCGUGUUAUGUAAAUUGUCAAAAUGAAGCCUUUAUUGAAGCAAACCGCCCAACUGGUCCUUAAGACUUUUUUUAUGGCCUCAGUUAUUAAAGAAGUGGUAAAACUGAUGGGCCCGACAUGAAAAUUAUUCCACUUGAGCGUUGGCAGGUCUAUGUUCCUAUAUUAAAUGUUUGAAAUUAACCCUGAAUUAUUCAAAAGCAACUUUAAUUUUCCCUUUAUAUAAACAGGGUACAAUCGAAAACGCUUUUCAUUAUUUGGGGCAAAAUUUAGAUCAGGACAAAAUAGGCGUCUUGCCUUAUUUGUGUACUUGUCUAAUUAACUUCACGAUAGCAUCUUAAUGGACUUGUCCAGAGAGGGGUUUAAGGGGUUUGAAAAACCGGUUCUUCAAAUAACUCGUUCAAUAUCGUACAAGAUCAAACGUGCUCAACAGGUAUCUUAAGGGCAUUUACACCAACAUAACGCUCAGUAUAGCGGUCCGGGACUCUUCUCGUGAAGCGUGUGGCGACACCUGAAAAGAGGUUAUUUCCCGAAUGUGAGACAUCGAGCGUUAAAUCAUAAACCAAACACCCUUAUCACACACUGUUUCCUUUAUUUCCUUCUCAAGCUGUUUUGAUCUCCAAGCGGCGUAUAAAAUUCAAGCUAAGUCACGUGGUGCUCUGCGUUACCUCAAACUUAAGUCCUGGGCGGAGUUUUUCUGUUAAGCUUUAAACGCAAAACAGGACCAAAACCCAAACAUUCACUUGUCUGGAUGAGAGCGAAACAGGCGCGAAACAAAACCAAUAAUUAAUCGGUCUAUUGAUGACUAAGCAUGGCGAAUUUUUCUAUUAUUCUGGAUAAAAGAGAGAUUGUUUUGUUUUUUUCCUCGAUCAAUGGCCAUUGUCAAUAACAUAGCCCGCCAACAAAAAGAGAAGAAAACGUAGUUUCAGAAUGCCCGUUAACAUUAACCGAGAGUGAGAUCUUGAGAGCUUCCCCUGUGCAGCACGGUUUCAGUUAAUUGAAUUUCAAGCGUAGCUUGAUAGAAACGACCUUGAUCUCAAUAACUUCACCAGAAUCGUUGCUUAGUAUGCCAGGUGUAACUCAUCUAUGCACGGCGCGUGCGCAGUACAGCCUCUUGACCAACAGAACCCAGUUAGUAUGAAUUAUUGAGGGCACGUGUCUUGCCUUCUUUGGCAGCAGAUGGCGCCAACAAUUAGAAAACUCAUACAGAGCAAAAUUGAUCUCUCAGCUAAGGUCUGUAAAUGAAAACUGCUUCUCAUCAAUGAGUGUUUUCCUUUGCUCGUUAAUAAAAAACAUCGGAUCAAAAACAUAAUGGCAAAAAUUCGAAAUCGUCGAAUAUUGGCGCCGAUAUAGCGAGUUAAAACCCUCCAAGAUAAUUUUCGGCCUAAACUGAGAAAAGUUAAAGGCGCCUUGGGGCAAAAUAACUUUCGGUGACUGUAAUUUACAUGACGCACUGUCCAAUUUUCACAUCAUGUUCUGAAAAAAGUUUUUGUGUUUUUUUCUUCUUGUACUAGCAAUUUUUAUUUGUCCUGUCAUAUCUUUGUCAUUUCUGAAAAGCAUUAAUUAAUAACGAACAUAAUAGAAGACCCAUUAUCGGAGAAAAUUGCGCCUCGCCGAAUUGAUUCUGGGAGAAUACAGGUCAUGUCCAAAUGUCGGUAAUAUUUUCACCGAGGUUUUAAAACAAGGUGGUAAUACCCCGCUGUAAAUUCAAUGUAUUGAAUAUGGCCACGGUCGAUAAUCAAGGAAAUGAUAUUCAACUCUCUGUGCGCUAAAGAUAACAACAUAAUCGGCCUUUGGCGCGCGGAAAACCAUUCGAGUGUCUUUCGCGCGCUGCCAUUGGUCAUUGUCUUGCGCCACCAGCCAAUGGUAUUAAAGUAAUCCGUUUGACAUGGCGCGUGUCAGGGCGCUUGACUGAAUUAGCACAACAAACAUACGGCGCGAGCCUGGCACAAGGUCAGAAUAUCUCCGAGUAUAAAUUGAAGUGCGCACGGCGCUAGCUCGACUCAACACUGCAUUGUAUUGGGCGAGAAGCCGGCAUAAACAAUGUCUGUGAAGGAUAUGCCAAAAAGUUCAGCUUUUACAAUCCCAACCACGACUAUUUGCUAUCCGCAUCAAAGAACUGAGGAAGGUGGUUCGGAUGUUUUGCGGCCCCCAGCUAAACUAUCGCUGUUGUCACCUGUACUGGGCCAAACCCGCCGACGAAGAGCAGCUACUAGUGCCAAGCAAAAAGAACCGGCCGUGGUAGCGCGACGGAACGCGAGGGAGCGAAAGCGCGUUAAACUGGUCAACGACGGUUUCAUGCGGCUGCGAAAACACGUGCCUACGGACCCUAAAAACAAGAAAUUGUCCAAAGUUAAAACGCUGCGUAGCGCAAUCGACUACAUUCGGCACCUGCAACACGUUCUAGCGAUGGCCAAUAAACAUCAAAUGGAAGCUGAACAUGAAGCAGCUGGUCCACAAACCCAGAGUUGGAUAACCGCGUCUGACUUUAAAACCGAAGAGGAGUACAAAAAUGAAUUUGGCAAGACGGUUUUCGCCUGUGGUCAGCCAAGAGUGCGGACGGCGUCGAACGUGCCAACAUCGUUCUGACGGGAAAGCGCUCAAACAUGAUCGAAAUUUUGCGACGAAAGACGCUUCGCUAGAUGAGCAUAAACAACUGGUAAAAACUCACUGAAUGAGCCACAAGCUAGUGGCAACAAGCGCGAUGAAGCCAAAUUGGACGCAAACGAAAAUGGGGAAAAGACGUUUUCCGCAAAAGGAUCCGAGAACAAUUUCAUGUUUGCGACGCGGACUUAUCUAACAGCCGCCAGGGAGAAAUUUGGUUCUUCAAUAAACAGAAUAGACAGCCCAAAAUGGUCAAGACGAAAAUUCAAAAUAUAAUUAUUUAUACGCGGCCUUCAAGCGCAAUUUAACAUCUACAGACAAGAUGAGCUGUCAAACACUUCCCGCUUAUCUUAGCUUCUUGUUGGAUUGCCGAAUAAAUUAUUUCCUUUUGAAAGAAACAGCGAAUUUUGUAGAAAAAAAAAGAAACAGAGAGAAAGAGAGACAUAUAUAUAUCUAUAUAUAUGUAAAAUAAAUCAAAUUGAUCUUAUUCUCUUAUAUUCUGCCUGUAAAUUAUUUUUCUUCUCAGAAAAAUUUUCCUUCAACGAGAUAAGAAGACACUGAAAGAAAUUAAAAUCGUUGAUGGGUCAGCAAAACGUGAAUAAAAAUAUCUAUUAAAA